AUUUUUGCUUGCCAACACAUACAAAAAGCAUGAAAAAUUGUACUCAUCCUGUUCGUUUUAGGUGAAACAUGCUCGAAAUCGAUUCUGAUCUGGUACUCCAUGAAGAUUUAAGAACAUUGCCCCGCUAACUUCUGUCGUUCGUACUUCUGUUUUGUCUCUUUCAACGUGAUAUUCUCGCUUAAACUGGGCGUACAUGGUCGGGUCGGAAACAACGUACACACCAAUCGCCAUGCCCAAAAGGAAAUGGGAGGUCCACCCGGGCCGAAAUAAGUUUUAUUGCAAUGGCCGAAUUAUGAUGGCACGAUCAACCAGUGUAUUUUAUUUUACAGUCGGACUCAUCGUGAUCACUAUGGGUCUCUUCUUUGGUUUUGAUUGCCCAUACCUAGCAGAGAAUCUUACUCCAGCCAUCCCAAUCGUAGCUAUUUUACUAUUUUUAUUCGUCAUGGCGACUUUACUUCGAACUGCUUUUAGCGACCCAGGAGUCAUUCCCAGAGCUACCCCAGAUGAAGCAGCUGAUAUAGAAAAACAAAUUGAGGUGCCUAAUCCCAACAACCCCACAUACAGACCACCACCUAGGGUUAAAGAAGUCAUUAUAAAUGGACAGACAGUUAAACUUAAAUAUUGUUUCACAUGUAAGAUAUUUAGACCACCCAGAGCUUCACAUUGUAGUAUAUGUGAUAAUUGUGUAGAGAGAUUUGAUCACCAUUGUCCAUGGGUUGGUAAUUGUGUUGGAAAAAGAAACUACAGAUACUUCUAUAUGUUUAUUUUAUCACUGGCGUUCUUAUGUGUGUUUGUAUUUGCAUGUGUUAUUACGCAUCUUAUUCUCAGAACAAAUGAAGCUGGGAGUUUUCUUGAUGCAAUUAAACAGACACCUGGCACCAUCUUGGAAGCCGUAAUUUGCUUUGUUUCUAUCUGGUCUAUUCUUGGCUUGGCAGGAUUUCACACCUACCUGAUAACGUCUAAUCAGACUACUAAUGAAGAUAUUAAAGGUUCAUGGUCAUCAAAGAGGGGAGAAAAUAAUUACAAUCCUUACAGUUAUGGCUCUAUAUGUAAGAAUUGCUGUGGUGUUUUAUGUGGACCUACACAUGCAAGCUUAAUGGACAGGAGAGGUGUGGUAGUGCCAGAAAUAGUCACACCAGACAGCACAACAGGAUCAGGUCAGCCAUCGCCUCAAAACUAUGGAGCAACUACAUUUACUGAACCAAGGAGUGAUGGGGAAGACAGUGAGUCAUCUUACUCACAGCACGGUGAUGUGUCAAAUGAUAUAACCAAACCUUGAUAAUCUUUGUGUAAUGUGUGCCUUAUUCCCAAUCCCAGCACAGCCAGAUGAAAUGAAUGAUACUAAAGAAGAUAAUAGUAAAACUAAUUUGACUCUGGUAACCACAGUAGAUAGCAAUAAUAUAGAUGCUGUUUGUAAUGAAACCAUUGCAGCAACAAGUCAGCCCACAUCACCCAUAGUGAAUGAGAUGACACCAGUUAGUCAGACAUCUCUGGUAUUUCCAACUGUCAAUCACCUACCAGUUGUGGUGGGAGGGGAAACAGAGGAGAAUAACAGGAACAAUGUCAUGCAUCCCCUGUCUCCCCCACCCCCAGGGGCCCAUCCACCUGUCAGGCCCUUUGUGAAGCACAGCAUAUCACAGGAAAUGGACACCCUUGAAGAAGACAGUGCAAUGGGUCUUGUAAAGUUAAGCACUGUUUGAAGACUGCUGUUCAAUGUUGUCUCAACCCAUAAGACUAGGCUUCAAUUGUCUCAAGUAAUUACAAUGUAUCAAUAUCCAAGCACAUUUUGUUGGAUUUUGAAAAUAAGAUAGUGUUGGCAAUUAUGGUAUUUUCAGAAAAGACUUGAAAAGUGAUGCAUAUUUUCAGAAUAUAAGUAGAUUUUGUACUAUAUGUCUUAAGACAACCACCACUGUGAAGUGCAGACUUUCACACAAAGGUUGAUUUUAUCUUUUUUUAUUGUUAUGUAAGUACAACUAUGUAUAUAUAAUAAUUAUUGGGAUUAUUUGAAUAAUUUAAACACUCCCCUCUUUAUUUUAUUUUAUUUUUGAAAUACUCUUAUCAGUGCGGGUUGUUUCACAUCAUGUGGGGAGGGGUGAAUGUCA